GCCACUGCAACACAAGGUCAUACCAAUGGAUUUUUUUUUUAAAUUUGAUUCUCCUUUUCUUGGUAUUGCUUCUUUUUUCCUUUUCGAAUUCUCUCCUUGUUCUCGUCAUUCAUCGUCGCCUUCUUUCUUAUUUCUUCUACUCAACCAUUCCGUUAUCAUUUCAUCUUAUCCGACUUUCUGUAUCUUUCCAAAUCAUCUUCCUUCACUCAGUUCUCGCUUGUUUAUUCGUCUUGUUCCCAUAAUCGCUGGUACCACUUCAAUCCUUUCCUGUGGUACUCUCUCCUUGUUCAAUAUUUUUCAAACUUGUCACGUUUGCCACCAUUCCUCUAUUUCACUAUCGAUCAAUGAGCCUCAGCACUGUCAUUACUCUUGCUCUUGUACUGAAAAAGUUUGCCCGAAAAGGCGCUUUAGCCAAGAAUUUUCGUGCCAAGAAAGGAAUCCACCACAAUGACGAUCAUGACAAGAUCUCACUGAGUUCAUGUUCAACGGACGAUGAAGGAGUCGAUGUGAGCGAUAUUAUCGAUAAGAAACUGAAAACGGUGGUUGUAAAAGAAACCAUAAUCUCUUCCAAUGAACAACUACCAAUUUCUAAUGUACAAGUACCCGAUGAAUCCGAUGUUUCUGCUGAGCAGAACGUUUCCUAUACAACCAGUGAAACCGAUACAUUGUCGUCCCUUGAAGAAGACAUACCCAAGUGUGACCUGGCGAUUCCUGUCAAUAUCCGCGACUUUGCAUAUCCUGUAACAUCGCCGAUGCAUCGUGGCGAAACACCAAGGGUUUCUCAUCAAAUGUCCAGACAAUCACUGUCUUCACCUGAUUUCCAUGGCUGUCAUGCGCGCGCUUUAUACGAUUUUGUGCCUGAAACUGAGUACGAAAUCGGAAUGAAGGCGUCGGAUCCGGUAUGGGUUCAGUAUCGACAAUGCCCUGGUUGGCUGAUUGCCGAUGUCAAUGAUGAAACUGGAUUAAUACCGGAAUCUUAUGUGGAACUGUUAUAAUGUUAUAGGAGGACCAUUGUAAUUUUAAAGUGUUGUAUAAUUUUAUUUAUUUAUUGCUGGUGGGAUUUGAGUAACGUGCCGUUCCUGUGAGGUUGACAUGUUGUCUAUUUGCUGUUUUGUUCGCCUUUUUUCCAUUAUUGUAUUCCCUUGUCAUUCUAUUAUAUUACUGCAAUUUUUUCUGGAUUGUGUCUUAUUGCUUGUUUUAGAUAUAGCUUUUCCCUUUCUUGUCAAUAUAUCAAUGAAGAGAGAAUCAACUUGAACCUUGUCUAUUCACACAACUGUUUUCGCUGACCUCGUGCUUUUGACUGUCGAAACCCAUCAUGUAAGGGAAACAGACACAUGCAGACUAAAAUCUCACCAGCAUGUGACAUCGUUCUCGUCUUUGUUUGUGCUUUUGUCUAACAUGACCCCCUGAAGCUGUCAG